AAAGGUCCAAGCGAAACCGCUCACAGGUUGAGGAUGGUAAAUCGCCAAAAAGGAGGAAGGUAAUAGAAGGCAAAACCACUCCGGGACCUGUAGCCAUCACGACAACUGCCAGAAGACCAUUUAACGAAGUGGUGAAGGACCACCUCCUAAUGGCUCUGGUUACUGAAAAAGAUGGGGCCAUCAACCCUGUAGUAACAGAAUGGGGUACCAUUGAGUCUAAAUUAACUGAGCUCGUUAUGGAACACUUGCUCACUAACAAAGACGACAAGGUACCCCGUUUUGACUCCAGUGAGAUUCACCGGGGAUACAGGGUGAUCAAAUGCCUGGACGAAUUCUCAAAGGGGUUCCUCAACAAAUGCAUCACUAAGAUUAGAGAUGCAUGGGUAGGUUUAAGCCUUAAACUAAUCCCUGCUGAGGAAAUUCCAAUGAGACCUCGUGCAAGAGUUUGGUUACCAAAGAUGAGCGCCGAAGCACCCAAGAUGUUGGAAUGCCUCAAACGGCAGAAUCCCAACAUACACAUGAAUGACUGGGCUAUCAUCCGCACAGAACAAGGCGAAGGGCACACAUGUCUAAUUCUCGCCAUCACAGAAGCUGGCUCCGUUGAGCUGGAGAAGGUGGGCUUUAGGCUGUUCUUUGGGGUGAGGGGCGCCAAAGUAAAGGUGUUCCGGCCGACAAAAUCGGGGAGUGAAGAGACGGAUGAGAUGGAAGCUGCCAACUCUCUGCUCACUGGCAUGAAACUCUCCGAGCCACCUAUUAAACCUGACAAUGGCACUAAAGAUAGUGCAAAUUAAUCUGAAGCACUCAAAGUGUGCUUCAGACAAUCUACGGGUUCUCCUAGCCGAGGAAAACCUGGACAUUUGCCUGGUUCAAGAACCCUGGGUCACGGACUCAGAAGUUAAAGGGUUCCCAGCAUCUACAUACAACAUACUAUAUGCAAGAAGUAAUGCUUAGCUCAGAAGACCUAACAGUCGCAAAGGUCGAGCUACCGCACAACAGAAGCUUCAUGAUUGCCUCAAGCUAUAUGGCACACGAGAAGACAGCACCACCAGACGAAGUGAGCGAUCUCCUGGCCGUAAUUGAGACAUCUGACGACAUAAUCCUAGGCUGUGAUGCCAAUGCAAGGCAUACAAUCUGGGGUAGCAGCGAAACUAAUGAAAGGGGUGAGUCAAUCUUCAAUUUCAUUAAUACUAACAACCUAAACAUAUGUAACUCUGGCAACAAACCUACUUUCAUUUUUCCAAGUACGGAUAAUUAUAAUGGGUGGGAGGAAGUACUGGACAUUACACUCAUUAGCGACAGAUCUAAAAUAUCAGUUGAUAGGUGGAGGGUAUCCAAUGAAAAAUCUUUUUCAGAUCACAAUUGGAUCCUCUUCGAUAUUAUAUUACAAAACUCGACGGAAAAAAUGGUCUAUAGGAACCCAAGAAGAACCGAUUGGUUCAAAUAUAAAGGGAUCCUUAGACAUAAGCUCAAGAAAACUCCAGUGGUUGAUGAUUCAAUCACUGGGCUUGAAAAGAUAGAAGAACACUUUAGCAAAGUCUUAGGUAAGGCUUUCGAAGUCUCCUGUCCAAUCACAAAGGCAAAGAAAAGCUUCCCUCCAUGGUGGAAUUCGGAACUAUCUAAGCUACGUAAGGAAACACGUAGGGCCUUUAACACAUGCUACAACAAUAAAUCGUGGCAGCCAUACCGCGACAAACUAAAAGUUUAUAAGAAAGCUAUAGCACUCGCAAAAAGAACCUCAUGGAGAAGUUUCUGCGAAUCUAUAGAUAAC